UAAUUAUCAUUAUUAUUCUUCAUUAAGGAAUUCUUAUUGAUUGUUCCUUACUAUGUUAUUUGAAUGACUAUAUAAUCAUCUAAAAUUUUCUCCUUCUCUCCGUCAAUUGUAACUGAAAAAGAAAAAAAAUCUCUCCGUCAAUACCCAUCAAGCUUAAGGGACGAUAGUUUCAUAAUCAAUUAGAGAUCGAGCAACAAAGGGUAUUCUGGGAUAUAAUGGCUUUCUUUGGUGGAUCUACUUCGUCUUUGCUCUUUGCAUUGUUUGUGCUUCUUGCCGUAAACCCAUCAUCCGCUAGGUUCAUUGGCAACACCGAUGCGACGACCGAGGACUUGUUGGGGAGCAUAUGCUCUGGGACAUUGGACCCGCCCUUCUGCUCAAAGGUCAUAAAGGAUAUCCCCGAGGCGGCCCAAGCUUCGAGACUCGAUUCAUUAGGCCAGGCUGCCAUUCCAUUCGCCCAUUCCAAGGGCGAGGAGACGCACAAAUACGUCCAAUCCCUCGUCGGGUCUGCAACGAAUCCUAGGCUGAAGGAGAACUAUGGAUCAUGCGCCGAUAACUACAAUGAGGCCGUCGGAAUCCUGGAGGAAGCUCAGGGUAUGUUCAAGAGCAAGGACUACCCCGGCGUCUCGAUAAGGGCGUCCGCCUGCAUGACUGAGGUGGACACCUGCAAGGAGAGCUUCAAGGAGUCCGGGACCACCGACCCGUCCCAGCUGCCUCAGAAGAACGAGUACUUCAAUAUGCUGUGCGUUAUCAUCCUCAGGGUCGCUAAUAAACUGGGGGGUGCAGCAUAAGUACCGCCUUAGUUAUUAGCUUGAAAAAGAGUCUUCUUCUACGAAAAAGGAAUAAUA